ACUUCCUGCCUCCGCAGAGGAAGUGGGGAGCCACAGCAGGUGCUACGACAGCUAACGGGCCAUGGACAAAGAGUAUGUGGGUUUUGCUGCCCUCCCCAACCAGCUGCACCGCAAGUCGGUCAAGAAGGGCUUUGACUUCACAUUGAUGGUGGCAGGGGAAUCAGGCCUGGGAAAAUCCACUCUCAUCAACAGCUUGUUUCUUACUAACCUCUACGAGGAUCGGCAGGUGCCAGCGGUCAGUGCUCGCUUGACCCAGACACUGACCAUCGAGCGCCGGGGCGUAGAGAUCGAGGAGGGGGGUAUUAAAGUGAAGUUGACCCUGGUGGACACACCUGGUUUUGGGGACUCAGUGGACUGCUCUGACUGCUGGCUGCCUGUGGUCCGCUUCAUCGAAGAACAAUUUGAGCAGUAUCUUAGGGAUGAGAGUGGGCUGAACCGGAAGAACAUCCAGGAUUCUCGCGUCCACUGCUGCCUCUACUUCAUCUCACCCUUCGGCCGGGGGCUGCGGCCCCUGGACGUGGCCUUCCUCCGGGCUGUGCACGAGAAGGUCAACAUCAUUCCAGUGAUUGGCAAAGCAGACGCCUUGAUGCCUAAGGAGGCCCAGGCCCUCAAGCAGAAGAUCCGGGACCAGCUGAAAGAGGAAGAGAUCAACAUCUACCAGUUCCCGGACUGUGACUCCGAUGAGGAUGAAGACUUCAAGAGGCAGGAUGCCGAGAUGAAGGGAAGCAUCCCCUUCGCUGUUGUCGGUUCCUGCGAGGUCGUGAGGGAAGGUGGGCCCCGGCCCGUGAGGGGACGCCACUACUCCUGGGGUACCGUUGAGGUGGAAAACCCACAUCACUGUGACUUCCUGAACCUGCGACGGAUGCUGGUGCAGACACACUUGCAGGACCUGAAGGAAGUGACGCACGAUCUGCUCUAUGAAGGCUACCGGGCCCGCUGCCUGCAGAGCCUGGCUCGGCCUGGGGCUCGAACCAGCCGCAGUAAGCUUUCCCGCCAGAGCGCCACAGAGAUCCCCCUGCCAAUGCUUCCCUUGGCCGAGACGGAGAAGCUGAUCCGCGAGAAAGACGAAGAGCUGCGCCGCAUGCAAGAGAUGCUGGAGAAGAUGCAGGCGCAGAUGCAGCAGAGCCAGGCGCCGGGCGAGCAGUCGGACACGCUCUGA